AUGAAGGAAGCAUACAUCGAUAAGGACCUCAGCGUCGAGAUCCGCGAAGUUCCUGUGCCUGCAGCCGGGCCAGGCGAGCUCCUCAUCCACACAGUCGUGUCAGGCACAGUUCCCAAAGACUGGAAAAUGCUCAAGUUAAUGGGUGGAGACCCAGCAAGUCAUGGUGACGAUAUUGCCAGCUACGUCGAGGCAGUUGGCGAAGGAGUCACAGGUUUACGUCCCGGUGACCGAGUUGCUGCUUUCCACCAGAUGUUUACUCCCCAUGGUAGCUACACAGAGUACUCAGUGGCGGCCGCUAAGUCAGCCCCCAAUGCCACCACCUUUGAAGAUGGCGCUACGAUCCCGCUUGCCAGCAAAUGCCUACUUUUGGCUCAACCAACUCAAAUAUAA